ACUCUUCUGUAAUAACUCCUCUCUCCUUGGUAAACCUUCCUAUCCUAGCUGUGAAGCAUAUAGAGAGAGUGGAUUUCAAAUCUUUAAUCUUGAAUUGAGUUAAUAAUAGUAACAAGAGAGGUAGGUUUUCAAAAUUGUGUUCUUUUUAGCUUGGCAGCUCACUUUUUUUUUUACAGAUCCUUGGCCUUGACCCCUCGCAUUAAGCUGAAAGAGAAGUGGGGUUUUACUUUCUUGGAUGAGGAAAAAUAGGAAUUCAAGAUUCUCCUCCAUUUCAUACCAACUAGUUCAAAGAUUUGAUUUUUCUUUUUUCUUUUCGAACACAGUUUCUUACUUGACUCUGAAUAGAUAUCUAGAACGGAAGGGUUUUUUUCAAUCAAGAAAACGAUUUGCUCUCUGCGCUUCUUCUUGCCCGCACAUUUCUUGAAAAAAUCUACCCAACGGCGAUGUGGUUUCUUUAUUUUCCAUGAAAAUUGUUCCCAGUUCAAAAAAAAUUGAAACUUGGUUUAGCCUUUUGUGAUAGGAGUGGUUUUGUUGUUACAAAGAUGAUUCCUUUGUUCUUUCUGGUUGUGAGUGCGGAGGGUUUGAUCGCAUUCCUUUUAAUGGUGAAGAUUGGUCCAUUUAGGGAGCUUGUAAUAAAGGGUUUAGAUCAAGUGAAGAUGAGAAGGGCUACAGUUCUAACCAUUGCUGGAACUAUCUUUGCCAUUUUGUUGUCUGAUUUAUAUAGCAUUCUCAAGAUUCAGAACAAGGGCACCAAACAUGGCACUAUGACGCCAAUGGAUCAAGUUCUUUGGAGGACAAACUUGCUAGAGGCAACUCUUAUGGGCUUUUCUCUGUUCCUCGGGUUCUUGAUUGAUCGUAUGCAUCACUACAUCCAGAAAUUGAUGAAAGUGAGGAGUGACACCGGAGUUUCAAAGCAAGAAGUGGAGAAUCUUGAGAAAGAGAAGCUACAGCUGAUGGCCAAGGAAGAAAAAGCUUCGGCUGAAGCCAAGAAGCUACGGAAGGAGAUAUCGAGUUUGACUGAGAAUUUGAAUAGGCUAAAGUUGGAGUCAGCUGAAAAGGACAAGAAAGUCGAGACUGCAGAAGGUCACGUUAUUGCACUCCAGAAACAAGCAGCUGAUCUAUUACUCGAAUACGACAGACUUUUGGAAGAUAACCAAAAACUUCAGAACCAAGCUCUAGGUCACAGAAGUUGAGAGUUAGAAUCAAAUCUUGAAAUUUCAUUAAGCAACAGGAAUUAGAGGCACGUUUUCAUGGAAUAGAUUGGAGGGAAAGUUAGUCAUUCAGUCACUAAAUGUGUUCACAUAUUAUUUUGUCAGUUUCAGAGAUUAGUUGUCAGUGUUGCUAGACUUUUGAUUUUGUUCAAGUUUCUAGCAUUGUUCAUUUGAGUUUUCACAUUGAAUCUAAGCCAAAUAGAACCAUUCUUUA